CAUGACGACAGAGCCGCUGUUAGUUGGCAGCUGGCAGCUGGAGGUUGGUGCGAGCAACGCUCAGUCGACGAUACAAACCUGAACCUGAAAGAUCAAUUCGCGGGAUCUGCAGUGCGUUGAGGAACCGUUCUUACUUGAAUGAUAAUAGUACAUACAAUAUUGUAAAAUCUGUGUGUGUGUGUCGGAAUUGAAAGUACUCAGAUUCGUGUUCGUAUUUCGCACAUUAUUGAUUGUGCUGUCAAUUGUGGAAUAUUGUUUGAAAGCAAACGCGGAAGUGUCAGUUCAUUUUAGCAAAUAUCGCAAUAAAAUCAAAUACAAUUUCUGUGUAAAUCAUAAAUAAACAAUACCGUUCGUUGUGUUCGUUCUCUGUUUGUUAACAAAAGAUAAAAAUACACUUCACCUCACUUCACUUAACGAAAUGCCAAAAGUCAAAGAUAUGCGAGUUGCAACGUUGCUGUUACUUCUAACAGUAUUCAAUGCAUACGCGCCCAUGGCAGACGGUCAAUCCUAUCUGCUCACCCUGGAGAACGUUCUAACAAGGCAAUUGCCCUACAAUCUGACAACUGUUAACGGUACAUCGGAUGCGGAUCUGUUUGCCGAGCAAGUGGAUAAUAAUACCAGAAUAUUUGUGUACAAAAAUAUCGUCGAGUCGAACAACGAAUUGUCACAGACGGCAAUGGACGUGAUUACCAUCGUGUGGUAUGUGGCAACAUUUUUGGCAUUGGCCGCCUUCUUCAUGCUGAUGGCCUGCUCGGAUCGCCGUUGUCGCGAUAUGCGCAAUCGUCAAGCGAGUGCCACGCCCAAUGAGCAACAGCGUGCCCCGCCCACGCCUUCGCCCUCGUACAGUGAAUUUGCGCCGCCCAGCUAUGAUACUGUCAUCAAAAUGCAACAUGCGGCCAAGACGAGCAUCUUUGUGAUUCCCUUCAACAGCGACAAUAAGACAAACGAUGAUGCAACAAACAUAUCGCCUGUCUCUACGGAUCCUGCCAGUGUCUAUACAAUUGAUGAGCGGCCAAAGGCGACCAAAUAAUGUUAUACAUUGUUUUAAGUUUUGCCACUCUUUAGGCUCUCGAUAGAGCUUUAAGGAAACUACUCUGUGAUAAUUGCUGUGCGUGCCACUUGGUGCCAAUCAAAAUGUCGCCGUUUUGGCCAACUCGAAACGUGCUUCGGCUAUUUUGUUGUGCAGUGUAAAUUGUAUUUUUGUUAUAAUGUAUUGUAUUUUAGCAAUCGUAAUUAUUAAGUUAUAUUAUACAAGUAGUAUGCCAUAUAUCAUUGAUAUGUCAAUGGGCAUUUGAAAUGCGUAAAAAAGACUGAAUGAUUAAAUAUGUUUACAUAUUGUGGUUUGUAAUAGUAGUCAAUUUACUUUUUCUCUGCCUUUUCAAUUGCAAUUACUGUCAAAUUGAUAUAUACAUAAAUAUUUUGAAUAAGAAAAUAAUUAAACACGUGAUUUACGUUUUAAAAAAUGA